CUCUCUUUCUCUCUCUCAUCAACUAUAAUUCACACCUAUAUGUAUAUAUAUGUUGAACUGGUUUUGGGUAGUUUAGAAAGAGAAGAUUGUUUGCAGGUUCAGAGGAAGAAGAAGAAGAUGAUGAAAACAUUGUUUCGCGUGUGUUAAGGUAGUGGAUAGUGAUUGCCCAAUUCAUUAAGCAAACUUUCUCUCUUCUUAUUUUUUCUUAUACUUUCUCUCUGUUUCUCGAGAAAGUGAGGGAAAAUGGCGGAAAAUCCCAAAUUGGAAAGUUCUGAUAUUCUGAGCCUGUCUCGCGAAGCUUGUGAAUUAGACGAAAUGGGUUCCCAGAAAAUCUCAGUUUCUGAUCAAACAAAUAGCUUACAAUUCACGAACAUCAAAUCCGAUAGCUUCAUGGUAGACGUAGAAAGCUUGUCUCCUCUCACCGAUAAGGACAUAACUGCAAAUUCGAGAAUCAAAUUGCAGAGAAGCUUUUCAAGAAAAGGAUCACAACAACGAGGCAGCGAGAAGAAGAUUAAUUCAAGUAAUGCUAACGAGAAAGAAACUAAUAUUGUUAGUUCAGCUUCGCCAAGAGCUGCUAUAGCUAGGGCUAGCAUGCCCGAAAAGCCGAUGGUGGUGACAGUGGGGACCACAGAUCAUCCGAUGAACCCGCAAGUCCAUCAUCAAAUCACUAUCGUGACCGCCAACAUCGGCACCACGACUGCUGAAAGUAGGUGGAUGACUAGGAGAUUCGGUUUCAGGCGAUCUCCUCCCUCUUGGACCAUCAAUCCGAGGAGAAUCCUCUUCUUCUUUGCCACCUUGUCAAGCAUGGGAACUAUAUUAUUGAUUUACUUCACACUUUCCAUGAGCAAACAUAGUGGGGAUAACAGUGCACUGAAUUUGUAGUGGUGACGAACAAAGCUGCCUCUGAAUAGCACAAAGAGAAGCAGAGAUGAACUAUAGCUUUGAAGUUUUAGAGCAGAGAAACAUGAAAGAGAGACAGUAUGGACAUAACAUGAUUAUGGUCUUGAGUCCCUUUUAUGGAACAAACUGGUUUCUUUCAAUCAGGCUGUUUGGUGACAAAAUCAUGGUGGAUAGCACUAUAAAGAAGAUGGAACUUUGAGAAAGUGAAAGCAAAACUAAGACUCUGUUUUGAUCUUGAAUUUGUAGAGAGAAAUAAAGAUGAAAGAGAAAAGUGAACGAAGUAGAAGCUGAGUGGUGUUAGGAGUAUGGGGUUUAGUUGACCCCUAUCAAAUUCAAAACAACUAACUGAAUACAUAUAAUGUAUCUAGUUUUUUAUUGGAUUUCUCAUAUGAUCACAUCAAGUUGAAUGAAAAGUAUGUAAAAAUAAAAAUUUUAUGACAAUCUAUACUUCUUGUUUACCA